CUGUGAACUUCGAGUCUUCGACAUUUCAACGGUGAACUUCGAAUCUUCGACAUUUCAACAGUGAACCAUUACUGUUUGAGAGCCAUGCCUUACAAGUUAAGAACAAGAUUAGUAAGGACUCCUGAGCGUCCGUCCUCCAGUAGAAAUCUGGUCUGUCAGACAGUAGAUCCCAUCCAGGACAUUUCAACGGUGAACCAUUACCGUUUGAGAGCCAUGCCUUACAAUUUAAGAACAAGAUUAGUAAGGACUCCUGAGCGUCCGUCCUCCAGUAGAAAUCUGGUCUGUCAGACAGUAGAUCCCAUCCAGGACAUGCUGGACAACAGGUCAGGUGGAAACCAGAGGGCCACCAAGAGAAAGUCUGACGAGAGCCAUGAAAGAGCCAUCAAGACUAGCAGGACAAGUCAAUGUCCCUCCGAGGGCUUCAGACCGUCAUUCAGCAGAGGAAACUUUAACUCCGCUGAGGAUGCUGGGACAUCGACACCCGCCUGCGCCAGCAUUAGCUCCAAAUAUGAGGAGAAGAAGGGCAGGAAGAGGAGGUUCGAGGACACAGAAGCAUACGGGAAGAGGAAAAGAACGUUCAUGAGUCCCAAUGAGGGCACCAGCUACCAGGCCACCACUGAGACCACCCCUGAGGCCAUCCCUGAGACCAUCCCUGACGCCAUCCCUGAGGCCACCCCUGAAACCUCCUUCAGGUCCGGAUCUGAUACCUUCAUCAGUACCAACUCUGAGGAGAAGAAGGGCAGGAAGAGGAAGUCUGAGGACACAGGAGAAUACGGGAAGAGGAGAAAAACGCCCCUCAGUUCCGGUACGGACACCAGCUACCAGGGCACCAAUGAUACCACCACUGAGUCCACCCCUGAGACCAUCCCUGAGACCACCUCCAGUGAUGAAUUUGACACCUCCUCAACACAAAACAGUAGAGAAAUCUUUGACUCCGCUGAGGAUACUGUGUCAUGGAUACCCGCCAGCACUGACUCUGAGGAGAAGAAGAGCAGGAAGAGGAAGUCUGAGGACACAGGAGACUACGGGAAGAGGAGAACAACGUCCCUCAAUCCCAGUGCGGGCACCAGCUACCCCUGGUACCAGGCACCCCUGCACUACCUCUCGAACCCAUUUCCUUCUCUUUUUAAUCUCUUUUUUCCAUCCAUCCCUGAGACCAUCCGUGAGACCAUCCCUGAGACCAUCCCUAAGGCCAUCCCUGAGACCAUCCCUGAGACCACCGCUGAGACCAUCCCUGAGGCCAUCCCUGAGACCAUCCCUGAGACCAUCCCUGAGGCCACCGCUGAGACCAUCCCUGAGGCCAUCCCUGAGACCAUCCCUGACGCCAUCCCUGAGGCCACCCCUGAAACCUCCUUCAGGUCCGGAUCUGAUACCUUCAUCAGCACCAACUCUGAGGAGAAGAAGGGCAGGAAGAGGAAGUCUGAGGACACAGGAGAAUACGGGAAGAGGAGAAAAACGCCCCUCAGUUCCGGUACGGACACCAGUUACCAGGGCACCAAUGAUACCACCACUGAGUCCACCCCUGAGACCAUCCCUGAGACCACCUCCAGUGAUGAAUUUGACACCUCCUCCACACAAAACAGCAGAGGAACCUUUUACCCUGCUGGGGAUGCUGGGAAAUCGGCACCCGCCAGCACCAAAUCUGAGGAGAAGAAGGGCAGGAAGAGGAAGUCUGAGGAAACAAAAGCAUCCGGGGAGAGGACAAGAACGUUCCUACGUCCGAGUGAGGGCACCAGCCACCAGGCCACUACUGAAACCACCCUUGAGCCCAUCCCUGAGGCUUCCUUCAGUUACGGAUCUGACACCUUCUUCUCAGAAGACAGCGGAGAAAUCUUUGACUCCGCUGAGGAUACUGUGUCAUGGAUACCCGCCAGCACUGACUCUGAGGAGAAGAAGAGCAGGAAGAGGAAGUCUGAGGACACAGGAGACUACGGGAAGGGGAGAAGAACGUCCCUCAAUCCCAGUGCGGACACCAGCUACCCCUGGUACAAGGCACCUCUGCACUACCUCUCGAACCCAUUUCCUUUUCUUUUUAAUCGCUUUUUUCCAUCCAUCCCUGAGACCAUCCCUCAGGCCAUCCCUGAGACCAUCCCUGAGACCAUCCCUGAGGCCAUCCCUGAGACCAUCCCUGAGGCCACCCCUAAGGCCACCAGUAGCGACUCUGACACCACCUUCCCAGAAGCCACUCUGUUUCACAACAGAGGUGAGUAG